CAAAUAUUGGAAAAAAGCUCUUAUGGAAAAUACCAGUGAACAACAUACUGCCACAGAUGAAGAAGUUGCUGUAAACUAUCGUGACGUCGGUUGGAGUGUCGAUCAAAGCUACCGACAGCUGAAAAAAGAUGGUCAACGUAUUCAAGAGAAAAAGCUUUAUCGAUCAGGAGAACUGAACGAUCGCGAGCCAACAGAGCUUUGUAAGUUUUUGGAACGUCAUAGGAUCCAAACCGUCAUCAAACUUUCUUCAGAUUUAAAUUGUAAGUACUACUUCGAAUAAGGUUACCCAUGGUAUUUUGGCAUGUAGCAUUUAUAUUUGACGGCCAGUCCGUACGAUCAAGGAAUCAAACCCACCUGAAAUACCCAAAAGUACAUCUCUGGUUGAAAUCCAAGUGGGGGGUGGCCGCUUCA